AUACAUGGAAGAGGGAGAAGGAGAAGGAGAAGAAGAAGAAGAAGACGCUGAAGGAACAUAAGACCAAAAUACUUCCGAGAGGAUGUCAGCUGUCAUGGAACAUAUUCACUGUUUCUAGCGCUGGGAGUGACCAAGGAAUCCAUCAUCCAAACCAGCUGCUGACAGACUUCAUUGCUGAAUAAAAUGAAGAGGAAACGUCGGGGCUCAAGGCCAUGUGAAGCUGAGAAGAGGGCACGUGGAAACCAAAGAGCUCAGAAGAACGUCCAUGCAGCAACACCUGCUCUACAACGUGUUACUACAGAUGCUAACUACACUUCAACCAACCAGCACAAGCAGACCGAAAUCAAGUCCAACACCUCCAGUCGACUGUCCGCUGCCGUCUGCAGGCUGUGCCACGGAAAGUUUUCCGCACGGAGUUUGCGACAUGCUUUCAGCAAAUGGCCUCAGGAUUCUCUGGAUGUCGUUGAGGACAAAGAGUAUGCUGCAGCCCCGUCGCCCGCUUUGUUCUACGCUGACUUCCAACGACUGGUUGGGGUGCAGUUGGACCCCGAUCCCCGAUUAUCUGCAUUUGUUUGUAAGAAAUGUCACAGCAAGUUCUACAAAUGCAACAGCAUCCUGCUGCACUUUCUACAGAUGGUUAAUGUGCUGCCUGUUGGCAAAGACAACCCCAAAAGCAGGCAUCAUCCGAUGUUUUCAAAACUUUCAGUGAGCCAUGAGUCGACAUCAGCAUUACCAUCCUUUUCUUCAGACACCAAGUGCCUGCACAAGCUGGUGUCGUGGGCUCACCACCACGCAGAGGCAUGCAGGUCCUGCCCUGACCUGAAGGAGGUGCUGGAGGGCAGGUGCUGGGGCUUUGUCAAGGCCGUGUGGCGUUGUGUUGACGGGCACAGCUACACUCUGGACACACACGGCACCUCGUCUGUCAAGUCUGGCCACAUGCUCCAGCGCGGAAGCAUCGAUGAGCGCCAAGAAAGGAGCUCGGCGGGGAUCGCGGUCGACAGCGUGGUUGGGCAGAGUCCACUCUCCGUCACGCAGCAGACCUGCGGCUCGGCAUUAGCAGACUGGAGCAGCAACACUGAAGACUCCACAGACCCAAAUGCUCUGAAACAGCAUGAAGACAGGCUGGUUGAAAGUGAUCUUUCUGACAGAGUGUUGUCAGAAGAGGAGUUUGAGGAUAAAGGAAAAAGCUUGUCAGAAGAUGAGUCUUUUGAGCCAUAUUCCGACAAAAGCCCUUGCAGGGCAACCGUCCCCACUGAGCAACGACAAAUGUCAAAUAUCUCAGGAGAGCCUAAAGUCAAAAAGAAACCUGGACCCAAACCUGGCUGGAAGAACCAAUUCAAACCUAAAGGGGAGGAGCUACCUAACAUCUACAAGUGUCCGUGCCAGGGCUGCACCGCGGUCUACAGAGCUCCUGAUGGUCUGAAGAAACAUAUCAAGGAGCAUCAUGACGAGGUGAGAGAGCGACCCUGUCCUCACCCAGGAUGCAACAAGGUGUUCACCAUCGACCGUUACCUGCAGCGCCAUGUCAAGUUGAUCCACACAGAGGAGAGAAACUACAUCUGUGACCAGUGUGGACAGACUUUUAAACAAAGGAAACAUCUUUCAGUUCACCAAAUGAGACAUUCUGGAGCCAAACCACUGCAGUGCGAAGUCUGCGGCUUCCAAUGUCGGCAGCGGGCGUCGCUGAAGUAUCACAUGACCAAGCACAAGGCGGAGGCCGACCUGGAGUUCGCCUGCUUGAUCUGCAGCAAACGCUUCGAGAAGGCCCACAAUCUCAAUGUGCACAUGUCCAUGGUUCACCCGCUCACUCAGAUUAAAGCACAUCAGGAAGGAGGUCCGCCGCAGCCGCACCCGUUCCCCGACCUGCACGCCGUCACAUGCCCCGAGGAGGCGGGGCCACAGGAGCAGGACAGAUGACAGCAGCGAGAAGAUCUUCUGAGCUUCAACACUCAUAAGUGUGUCCAUCGGUGCACUUAAGCACUUCUUUUCAGCGCACAAUAGAGAAAAACACUGUCAUUCUCAAUAUGCUAAAUGUGCAUCAUCCUCAACACCUGCCAUCUCGGCUCUGUGGCUGGACUGGAGUGGUUGCACAUUAAAAAGGAGAGAUGAAGAAAACGUGUCAUGGGACUGUUACAUUUCUCACACUCAGGAACUGAGUACACUUAUUGAAGUGUACUGACAGACAGUCUAGAGUUUGAGGGGAGAUGGCUUGCAUUCUGGAACAAUUUCACUUACAGUUGUGAUCAAAAUUAUUCAACCCCCAUUUUUGGUGUUUUAGCAAGUUGGACAUUUAUUCCGUAUUUUGUUUAUAGUCAUAUCAAAUAAAGAUGCAUUAAAUAGACAAAUGCAACUUGAAUUACAUUAUAUUUUGUAACAUACCAAACAGUGUCAUUUCUUUUAAUAUCUCAUUGACAAAAUUAUUCAACCCCUUGAAGAUCAUAACUCUUAAGAACAGAAUUUAAAUAAGGUCUUUUCAAUCUGGUGUUGAAAACACCUGUAGAUGUGAUUAGAACCAUAACGAGCAACACUUAAACUGAUUGAAAAAGACUGUGACGCUCAGCUUCUUGUAGAUGGUCAACGGUGUAUUUGCAACAUGGUGAAGUCCAGGGAGUGGUCAAAGAAGUCAAGAGAGGAGGCCAUUUUUUCUUCAUAAGAAAGGAUAUGGAUAUAAGAAAAUAGCAAAGACAUUACACAUUCCAAGAGACACAGUUGAGAGCAUAAUUCGCAAGUUUAACGCUAAAGGCACAGUGGAAACACUACCUGGGCGUGGUAGAAAGAGGAUGCUGUGUGCGUACAGUGGUGAAAAACCCCCGGGUAACAGCUGAGGCACUACAACAGGACAUUGCAGAUGGGGGAACGCAGGUUUCGUCCCAGACAUUAAGGUGCGCACUACGAGAUGAAGGCCUCCAUGCCAGAACUCCCAGGCGCACCCCACUUCUGACUACCAGGCACAAGAAAAAAUAGACUCCAGUAUGCCAAAAAUCAUCUGGACAAACCCCAAAGGUUUUGGGAAACUGUUCUAUGGCGUGAUGAGACAAAAGUGGAACUCUUUGGGCCUAUGAAUCAACGUUAUGUCUGGAGGAGAAAAAAUGAAGCUUACAAAGAGAAGAACACCUUGCCUACUGUUAAGCAUGGUGGGGGGGUCAAUCAUGCUCUGGGGCUGUUUCUCUGCCUCAGGUACCGGGAAUCUCCAGCGCGUUCAAGGCAUUAUGAAUUCUAUUUCCUACCAGGAUAUAUUAGCUGCAAAUGUCAUGAAGUCAGUGACGAAGCUGAGGCCUGGGAGACGUUGGACCUUCCAACAGGACAAGGAUCCCAAGCAUACCUCCAAAUAAACAUCAGAGUGGUUGCAGAAGAAGGGCUGGAAGACUCUGGAGUGGCCUUCACAGUCGCCAGACCUAAAUCCUAUAGAAAAGCUGUGGUGGGACUUGAAGAAGGCAGUUGCAGCACGCAAACCCAAGAAUAUGAAUGAACUGGAGGCCUUUGCCCAAGAGGAAUGGGCUAAAAUACCUGUAGAUGGUUGCAAGAAGCUUGUGUCCGGUUAUGUAUCACGUUUGAAGGAUGUCAUUACUGCCAAAGGGUGUUCUACUAAGUACUAAAGAUGCAUGUAACUAGGGGGUUGAAUCAUUUUGUCAAUGAGAUAUUAAGAAAAAUGUCCUUUUUUGGUAUUUUGUCAAAUACAGUUACAAUUUAAGUUGCAUUUGUCUAUUUGACACAUCUUUAUUUGGCUAUAAACAAAAUACAGGAUAAAUGUCCAACUUGCUAAAACACCAAAAUUGUGUGGGGGUUGAAUCAUUUUGAGCACAACUGUACCUUCAAGAAGGAAUGCAACAAAUCAUGUGCUGUAAAACAGCCAGAGUGUUCACAGAUAUGAAAUUGUUCAUACAUUCCAAAAAAGCAAAUACUUUUAAUUGUUCAGGAGUGUUCUGUUUGUGAUUAUACUUUCAUAUACCUUUGUCUUGAAUGCUGAGAUUACCAAGUGAACACGACAACUGGAAGGAAUACUUUUAGAAUUAAUGUCACAGUUUUACUUUAAAACAAGACUUUUCUACACUUUACUUUAACACAUAAAUGUAUUACUUGUC